UUUGAAGCGUGCGACACGCUGUCAGCCUGUGGGUUGCUGCCCGCGCGGUUGCGAGGCUCGCGGAGAAGCGAUGGAGAACCACGAGUUAAUUGAAUACUUUAAGUCUCAGAUGAAAGGCGAUCCUAACAUGGCCUCAGCAGUGGCUGCCAUCCAGACCUUGCUGGAGUUCUUGAAGAGAGACAAAGGGGAAACACUGCAGGGCCUGAGGGCGAGCCUCACCAGUGCCAUAGAAACCCUGUGUGGCGUGGACUCGUCCGUGGCUGUGUCCUCCGGUGGAGAGCUCUUCCUCCGUUUCAUCAGCCUCACCUCCCUGGAGUACUCUGAUUACUCCAAGUGUAAGAAGAUCAUGAUUGAGAGAGGAGAGCUUUUCCUCAGGAGAAUAUCCCUGUCAAGAAAUAAAAUUGCGGAUCUGUGCCAUACUUUCAUCAAAGACGGGGCGAGAAUUUUAACUCACGCCUACUCCAGAGUCGUCCUGAGGGUCCUAGAAGAAGCCGUGGCAGCCAAGAAGCGGUUCAGUGUGUAUAUCACGGAGUCUCAGCCUGAUUUAUCCGGGCAAAAAAUGGCCAAAGCCCUCUGCCACCUCAAUGUUCCUGUCACCGUGGUGCUGGAUGCUGCUGUUGGCUACAUCAUGGAGAAAGCAGAUCUUGUCAUAGUUGGUGCUGAAGGAGUGGUUGAGAACGGAGGCAUUAUUAACAAGAUUGGGACCAACCAGAUGGCUGUGUGUGCCAAAGCCCAAAACAAACCCUUCUAUGUGGUCGCAGAAAGUUUCAAGUUUGUACGGCUCUUUCCACUCAACCAGCAAGAUGUCCCAGAUAAGUUUAAGUACAAGGCAGACACUCUCAAGUCUGUGCAGACUGGGCAGGACCUCAAAGAGGAACACCCGUGGGUGGACUAUACUUCCCCGUCCUUGAUCACCCUGCUGUUUACAGACCUGGGCGUGCUGACGCCGUCUGCUGUAAGCGAUGAGCUCAUCAAGCUGUACCUGUGAGCAGAGUCCCUCCUGCCAGCUUGCAGGGAGCACGCGUGCAGGGUGAGCCAGCCGGCUCCAAACUGAACCAGUUCGCGUCGGAAGUCCUGGAGAAUCCUUUCAACUCAGCUCUGUCACAUCUGGAACCUGUUCCCAAUUCUAGAACCAAGCAUCCUUCCGGUUUUCAGAAACUCAGUCUGUGGAAGUACAAGUUAGGUGACUGGCUGCAAACCCAAGGAAGGAAAGCACAUGAGUGGGCAGUGAAAGUGACGCAGGCCGCUCUGCAGUGACGGCCACUGAGAAUACGUCAUGGGGUGCCUUACAAACAAGGCAGGAAACACUGCUGGCUACAUCUGGCAUCAGGGCUCCGUCUCCUCGGCAGGGUCAGGCCAGACAGGAAAAACACCAAUGCCUUCCUUCCCAGGAUGCUGCUUACAGAAUGUCUGGACCUAACCUCUGUCUAUAAAGUAGUUUACUUUAAACAUGAUUAAGUCCCCAACAGCGUUUGUAAAUUAAACAUGGGAACAGAUCAGGAUCUUUUUAAAUAAAUUAUAUAAAUGAUUUGGAUAUGGUAUUGCAUCAGUACCAGGAGACCCAGGCCACAAACUGUAAGCACAGUUGGGCAGAACACCACAAACAGCACUGUCUCAGGACAGAAUUCCAUCCCUGGCUUACACCCAUCUGCCAAUAAAAUAGCACCAGAGUCAACUCGAAAAUAUCCUCACUCAGCCGGGCGGUGGUGGUGCACGCCUUUAAUCCCAGCACUCGGGAGGCAGAGGCAGGCGGAUCUCUGUGAGUUCGAGGCCAGCCUGGUCUACAAGAGCUAGUUCCAGGACAGGCUCCAAAACCACAGAGAAACCCUGUCUCGAAAAACCAAAAAAAAAAAAAGAAAAAGAAAAGAAAAACCGAAAAAAAGAAAAGAAAAUGUCCUCACUCUAGUUGGGGUGUGGUGACACAGCCUGUGACCCCAGCACACAGAGCCUGAGGCAGGAGGAUUGUUCUCAAAGCAUCCUGGACUACAUAGUAUGGCCCCUAUUGCAAAGGAGAGAAAGAACCCAGAACCUACUGUGCAGAGCCGCGUCUGCAGGUGCUCCAGACAGGCCUGCACAGGACAUGCAAUAUUUGGGAGGAGGGGAGGGGAGGUCAUAUGACUGGGAAUACUUAGAAAUUUUACAAGGCCUAAA